GACAAGGCAAAGACUCCUAUCAGAAACCCACUAUCCGUGUUUUGAUUAUUAGUGAUACUUUUGCAGCAUAGACAAUGCUCCAGCGAAGAUUAACUCAAAUUAUAAGGAGACAGCUGAGCAGUCGACCUGUUGUUGAGUCAAAUCAGAAUUUCCCAAAGCCUUUUAAGUUGGAGAAAGGAAAGAAAUAUAAAUGGUGCACGUGUGGUCACAGUGAGAUACAGCCUAUGUGUGAUGGUUCCCAUCGUAAAUCUGGGUACAUCCCAGUUAGAUUCACGGCUGAGAAAACAGAGACUGCACUAUUGUGUUGCUGUAAGAACACCAGUAACCCUCCAUAUUGCGAUAUGACUCACUUUAAGAUCCUAAGAGGAAAUCUCCUGAAGAACUUUACAUCCCCUAAAAUAGCUACACCCACUGAUAAACCUCUUGUUGCUGCCAGAUUACCGAGUUUUCAAAAGUUGGAAGAACGUAAGACAUACAUGUGGUGUGCCUGUGGAGCCAGCAAGACCCAGCCUUUCUGUGACAACUCACAUGCUUGUAGUUCAAUGAAACCACUAGCUUUUACACCAGAAAAAACCAAACCCAGGUGGUUGUGUCAGUGCAAGCAGACUAAGGAUGCCCCUUACUGUGACGGGACACACCUGGAUGUGGAGAUACAGACUGCGGUUGAGGGACAACCUUUGUAGCUCAAAUGUUGACACUACUUUGGUUGUGCUACUCAUCAACUGUUUUAUUUAAUACUCAUAGCCAUGAUUGGACUGGAUGGUUAUGUGUUGUUGUGGGAUUUUAUAAUUGUUCAUUUUUGGACGGAUUUGUACCUUAAGGAAACGUGACCCUUUGUUAAGGUGGUAGUGGAAGUUAAACUUUUAAUUUAUUAAAAUAUUAAAAGAGAUUUAUUACAUGAUACAUUGUGUGUAUCACAUUUACAUGUUUGUUUUUGGAUCGUAAAGCACUUCUUUUGGAGUUGCAGUGACUUUGUAAAUAAUAGUUGAUAAUCAGUCUGUACCACUGUACUAUCAGAUAAGUUAAUAUAAUUUAUAAUAUUAGUAAGAUGCCAAACACUGUGUGCUGCAUUGAAUUUGAUUGAAAUUGUUGUGUGAUUGUUCACACAUUAUUGUGUGAUUGUUCACAUUUUCACACCCUCAGAAUAAAAGUAAAGUUUUACAGUUUUAGGAAUAUUUAUCAGUUUUCACAGUAUUACUAAUUUAUUUCCCAUACAUAUCAUGCAACUUACUCCAGAGUAACAUUACUA